AAACAGGGCUCUCACAUGGCUUUCUGGUGUUGCUUCAUUCCCUCGGCAGGCAGAAGGCAGGACCAGUCUUUUCCGCCUUUUCCGGAGAGUGCCCGCCAUGAUCCUGUCGCUGAUCCUCCAGCUGUUGACUCUCUGGCCUGCGUGUCGUGGGGACUUGACGCUAACCGCUCCCCCAGCCUCAUCCCCCCCGCCACGGCUGGGGGCUCAUCCUGCUGCAGUUGUGACUCCUGGAGUGAACGUAACCUUGAGGUGCCGGGCACCCCAACCUGCCUGGCGGUUUGCACUCUUCAGAACCGGCGUCGUUACCCCCCUGCGCUUCCGGGAUGUGGCCACGGAGCUGGCUGAGUUCUUCCUGGAGGAGGUGACUCUGGCCCAGGGGGGCAGUUAUUACUGCCGCUACCGCAGGACAGACUGGGAACUGGGUGUCUGGUCCCAGUCCAGCAAUGUCCUGGAACUGCUGGUGACAGUUCAGCUGCCCAGACCAUCACUGGUGGCACUGCCUGGACCUGUGGUGGCCCCAGGAGCCAACGUAAGCCUGCGCUGUGCAGGCCGCAUGCCAGGCAUGAGUUUCGCGCUGUACCGCGUGGGCGUGGCGACCCCUCUGCAGUACAUCGACUCUCUGCAGGCCUGGGCUGACUUCCCCCUGGUGGGCGCCAGUGCCCCGGGCACCUACAGUUGCUAUUACCACACGCCCUCUGCCCCCUAUGUGCUGUCACAGCGCAGUCAGCCACUGGUCAUCAGCUCCGAAGGUUCUGGCUCCUCGGACUAUACUCAGGCAAACCUCAUUCGUUUGGGGCUGGCCGGCCUGGUCCUCCUCUGCAUGGGCACCUUAGUUACCGUUGACCGGCGCAGCAGGAGCUCCGCUCUUGGUGGCCUCCCGCCCCAGAAAAACAGGGUGUAGCCGCGUGGGGUGAGAAGAGACUGCCUGGAGAUGGGCAGCGAAGCCGGGAGCCUUGGUGGCUGAUUGCUGCGGAACAUUCCAGGCCUCCAGACUCCACUAUUAACCCCUUCACCUUUUUUUUUUGUUGUUUUGUUUUGUUUUGUUUUUUGUACUGUAGCUUCCUGCUGGGUCCUCUCCUAGACCUUCGAGGGGAGUGGACAACACGGCUGUAUUUUCUUUGAUUGUAAAAUGGUGUGAUACCACAUUAUUACACUUGUUGAAGGAUUAAAAGCAGUGACCGGCCUAUGGUAAAUGA